AUGGCAGGCGCAUAUCUCUCAGUUAGCUUCUCAUUCAUUCUCGUUUCCAAAUUAUUUCCCCCUCCACCUACCACCUUGCUCCAUUGCACCACCCCUCUCCUCUCGGCCAAUCAGCUGCAGACAGCUGGAUGGCUCAUGGCGGGUGCUGCCACGGCGGCAGUGGGCGUGCAGGUCACAGCACAUAUCAUCCAGGCAAUCGAGUCCGUCCCUCUGCUUGCCUCACUAGAGAUUCUCGUUGGUGCUGCUGUCACCACCAACGUCGCCACUACCAUCGCUGGAGGCGGGGAAGCGCGCGAGCGGCUGGAGCAGCAGUGGGACGAGUUCGUGAAGCGGAUCAGUGGCACGUACGGGCUGUCGGACCCGGUGUUUGACGAGAUGGAGAGUGGCAAGGACCUCGAGGCCCAGAUUCAGGACCUUUUGUCACAGUGCAGUGCGAUUAUAGCCGAUGCAGCAGCGCAGCACAGCGAGCGGCGGCCCUCAGGAGAAACCCAGCAGCAGAGGGAGACGCGGGCAGCGGAGGGAUUGCGGAGGGCCGCAGAGAGACUUGACCCGAAGCCUGCAAACAGCACAGGAAAGGGGACAGAGGGGGAGGAGCUGAAGGAGGGGAAAGGGAAGGAGGGUGGGGAAGCUACUUCUGAGGUGUCUCAGAGAAAGGCUGAGGUGGAGGUGGGGGAGGAAGCAGUGGUGGCGGUGAGAAAGGCGGAGCUGGUGCGGGUGUUAUCUGAGUUCGUGGAGAGGAGGGAGGGCAGGGCGAGGCGGGUGAACCGCAUGCUGCAGCAGGAGGUGCAGGCGGGAAGAGGGUUGGAGGGGCGGCUAGGGGACCUGACUAAGCAGGAGGUGCAGGCGGGCCGGCGGCUGGAGGGGCGACGGGGGGACCUCACUAAGGCUCUGGAAGUGCGCACUUUAGCGUCCGUGGCAGCAGCACAGAACGUGGCCCGUCUGCAGGCACUCAACGACUCACUGCAGGCGGAGCGCAACAGUGUGACAAGUCAGCUGUCCGCGUUGACCAAUCAGAUCACAGGGCUGUCCACGUCACUGGACGUGCUGACGAGGCAGCAGGACUCUGUGUCCCAGUCCAACACGGUGUCCAACACGGUGGUGAGUGGUGAUGUGCGGUGUGUGUGGGUGGGUGUGUGUGAAAGGGGGGCUAAUCUGCGCACUCGCCUGCGCAAGGCGCUGCUGGAGAAGCGCCAGCUGGCGCAAUCAUUGCGGGCGGCGCACCGCGUGCAGAGUGAGCGGGCGAGCGACGUGGAGGGGCGGCUGCGGUCGCGAACAGUGGUACAUGGGAUUGAGCCGGUGGCACAGGUGAGGAGGGCGAGCGAGGUUGCGAUGCAGCAGCAGAGGCAGAGGCAAAGAGAGGAGGUGGACCUUCAGACGUACCUAACCCAGCAUGCUGCUAUCAAGUCGCAGCGCAAUGCAGCAGUGGUGCAGGCGAGUGACUUGGAGCGCCGGGUGGCGUCAGCGGAAGCUCAGCUGAAGGAGGUGAACCGAUCGCGCGACCAUCUCUUCAUCACCAACCACGAGGUAGCGAUUGCUUGCCUCCCUCCCCAUCACGGGCUAACGGGGGCACCACCUAGUGGCAUCUGCAGAAGCUCAGCUGAAGGAGCCGCAAUGAGUGAGAACAGGCUCCUCCAGCAGCGGGUGGAUCAGCUGCAGCGCACCAGCCGCCACUCCGCUGCCGCCUUCAGAGACCGAGACACUGACGAGAUCCUCUCUGCUUACACCCAUUUUCACUCCUGUUCAACCCAGUUCACCUCUGUUUACCACCUUUCACCCCUGCCUAUCCCCCGAAUUACCUCCAUCCGUCAGUUGAACACGCGCCUGACAGCCGCAAUGAGUGAGAACAGGCUGCUGCAGCAGCGGGUGGAUCAGCUGCAGCGCACCAGCCGCCACUCCGCUGCCGCAUUCAGAGACAGGGAGACCACCCUCAAGCAACACCUUGCGGAGCGCCAUGCUGAGCUGGCAGCCUCCCGCCAGCAGGCGGCUGCUGAGCUGGCACGAGUGACGUCCAGACUGGAAGCUGAAGUGAGAGCGGCACAGGAGGAGGUGGUGGAGAGCAAGGGGGAGGUGAGAUGGCUGGAGGAGCAGGUGGAGUCGAUGCGGGAAGAGGGGUUGCUGCACACGACACGGCUCAGGGCUGCUGUUGCGGCUGCUGAGAAGCGGGCGCAAGAGGAAGCUGAGCGGGCCAAUGAGCUGCAAGCGUUGCUUGCAGAGAGAAAGGAGACGUCAGACAGAGAGACCAGGCUUCUUGAAGAAAAGGUUUCAUCGCUAGAGUCCAAACUGAGCGAGACGGAGUUGAAACUGGCUGUUACAGUGAACAGUGCGAUAGCAACUGCCAGGUCAGCACUCCUGCCGCCCACCCCUGCUUCGCCAGUAGACGCCUCGUUAUUGUCGUGUGAAGGCUUCGGAUCAAGCAUUGAAAACAGUGAAAGCAGUACUCCUUCUGGUUCACUCAACAGCAGUGAAAUCGGCAGCAGCAUGAGCAGUGGCAGCGUCAGCAGCAGCAGUGGCGGUAGGAGAGGGAGGCGGAAGGGGGAGAAGAGCAGGAGCAGCAGCCCUGCCAGGCGUCCCAGCAUGGAGGGGAGCACGGAGGGAAGCACAGAGGGGACUGAGCUCGUCAAGGGGAGCAGUGCAGCAGAGGGUACAGCGUUGGGCAAAGAUGAAAGCACAAAGUCGGGAGAGUUGGGAAAAGGGGAAAGCGCAGAGGGGACAGCUUUGGAAGAUGGGGGAGGUGUGGUAGAGUUGACAGUGCUGGGCAAAACGGAAGGUCCAGAGGUUGCAGAAUUGGAGCAAGAUGGAAGCAGAAGCGAGGAGCAGAGCACAGAGGGGAUGGAAGCAGGGAAGGCGGGCAGUGAAGAGUUGAUGGGAGGAGGCGAGGCGAGCAGCACGAACGAAGGAGCGGGAGGAACUCUCGAGAGCAACGCUGCUGCUGACGCUAAAGCUGAAGCUGAGGCUGUGGCAGAGGCUGAACCUGAAACGUCUGCUGUUGCUGCAGACGCUGAGCUUGCUUCUGCUGGUGCUGUUCCGGCUGGUGUUGGUACACAGGGUGAUGGCAAUGGUGAGGAGGGUGUUGGUGCGUUGGAUGCCUCUGCUGCAGCAACGGUGCAUGUGGAGGAGGAAGAAGCUGCGGUGAUCAAGGCUGAUGUUGAAGAAAGGGCGGCUGGCCCAACUGCUGGUGCAGAGAUGUUAGUUCGUGGAACGCCGAAUGAGGCCCUUGGCACGCCGAACGAAAAUGACUUGAAGGUGUAUGCGAGGGCCAUUUUCCCUGCGUAUGUGUCACUCGACGCGUCUAUCAUGGAGCAGAGCCGCGGCGUGACAGCCAUGGUGCAGGAUAUGGUAAAGAUGGGGGCGGACAAAUCAUGGGCCAAGCGUCAUGUGGAGGAGGAGUUAUUGAAACCCGCGCUGACACAACAAGUAGCCGUUGCUGCUGCUCGCGCGGUGGGUACUCGCACUCGGCGGAAGCAAGGAAGGCAAGCCAAGGCAACUAACAGUAACACUAACAAAUCAGCUGAUGAAGAAUCAAAUGCAGGAGACCUGGAUGGUAAGGUGGUUAUGCAGUAG